AUGUCAUUGCUCGACCUUCCAGGCGACAUUAUUAUCGCUAUCAUCCAAGAGCUAUCCCUUCCAGAACUCUCAUCACUCUGUAUUACCUGCAAGACACUUCGGUCAUGGGUUAAUUCCAUAGGCUGGACAUCCUAUAGUCGCUCCAAUCCUCGGCCGUCACACAGUCUACAUAAGUCCCGACAGAUAUGGCAACCCAGGUUACAUGUUCGAUACGAUGCAUUGACUGCCGCUUCUUGGGACUCCUGUAGCUUUGUUGCACGUCCACUCUCUACUGCGUGGAUGGGACCAAAACAACAACCCUCACUUGCCAUCAGUACAUCACGACUGAUGGUUGCCGCUGGUCCCACCCUGUACUCAUACAAAUUCGGUAUAUCUACUCGUGGUGACACUCCGUCCGUCAAACUUGAAGGGCAGUGUUGCUUGAGCUCAACAAAUGGCGUUCAGCGUGAUAUCACAUCCUUGGCAUUCAUGGAAGAUGGUGGAUUAGGCCGCACAUUGAUCUGCGGCUUUCAUGACGGGACGAUUGCCAAAGUCUAUCUAUCCACCCACCCACAGACAGGUAUUCUUACACCUCAGAUCCUUCCUUUAUCAGAAGAAGGAGACCUCAUUGAGAGCAUUUCCUCUCAAAGGACAUCCGUCCUCUCAUUGUCGGCCGCAGGGCGAGUUAGAUUGACGGAUCCCUCCCUCUUCAAUCCGACGUCAUCUUGCAUUAACCUCGGUAGGAGAAGCUGGAGUUCUUUUCUAUCCAUGAACUCUCCCUCUCCCUUCGUUGCUCUCGGCGCAUCCUCAGGAACACCCCUUAUUGUUCACUCAAUCCUUCAAGGUGGCCUAUCCCCUUCUCCCACCGCGAUUCUUGGGGUAAAACGAAAUAAUUUUACGCCCUCCGCUGUGUACGGAAUCUCCCGAGCUCCAUUAUCCUCUCCUUGGGGAGCAUCUCCUCAAAUCGUUGUUUCAGGAUGGUUCGACGGAAUCGUUCGUUGUUACGACUUACGUUCAUCUUCACGGGAGUCCAGAGUUGGAACACCCUCGACUUUGGCUCCAGUUAUGAGCCUUCACGAUCCCUGGUCGUACGACCCCAUCUACUCUGUGUCGAGCGGAGGGGGUACCGCGAGCCACGUCGCUGCUGGAUCCGCCCGCCACAGCGUCGUGUCUUUCUGGGAUAUACGAUCACCACGUUCAGGAUGGAGUGUAUACGCUCCAGGGAACGAUCGCUCGCCGGUGUAUAGUAUCGUAUUAGAAAGUUCCCGUUUAUUUGGAGUGACGGAAAGGCGACCAUUCGUGUAUGACUUUGGUCCUGGUGUUACCUCUACUACUUAUCCUGACAUCUCUCCUGAGGGUCUUCGACGAAGGAAAUCCAACCCAGUCAGCUUCUACGUGACGAAAUAUAGCCACUCAAAGGGCCAUACUGACGAGCACUAA